AAUCUUCUCACUUAAAGAUGCGAUCCAACAUCCUUUAAAUGGUUACAACAUACUACAUACAAUACAUUAUACAACAACUUUUAAGUGAGUUGAUUGGGGGCUAGGAGUCUCGACGUAAUAAUCUCGAACCAGCUGCCUGAACUUAUGUUUCGUUUCGAGCAGUCGCUGUGAACGAGCUCUUCUCAACGCCUGCGCCUGCGCAUGCGGAUGCGGAUACGGAUACCCAUACCCAGUAAUUCCAAUGGAUCCAAACGACGAUUCGCAAGCUACCCAACCAGCUACUCAAAACGCCCUAGAUCCUAGAAGGGUUGGGAAACAGAAUUCAGGCUUCUCAGAUGAAGAUAUAUCCGAUAUAAUAUGCCUACUCUAUCCUAAUUCCGACAGUGCCAGUCGCGAGGUCCAGCGGAUUGCAUCCUCAUCCGAACACGCGCAUCACACUGCCGGCAGGUACACGGCCGAUGCUAUCGACUCGGAUCUAUACCUAGAAGACGACGCUCGCGAAUUUGGCCGAACCCGAGGGAUUGGUGACCAUGCCCUCGUAAUCAAAUUAUCAUCUGCCCUCAAGAACCCACGACUAGGUUUUACCUUUGGUCGCAAUCGGGCGCGAUGCGAUCUUUGCUUCGAAGAUGACCCGAGCAGGAGACUUAGCAAUAUCCACUUCCGCAUAUUCGCCAAUAAGUACGGCACUGUGAUGUUGGAGGACCAAUCGACGAAUGGGACCAUCGUGGACGGCAAAUUGCUCCGCAAGCGGAUUGAUUCACAAAGGCCAAGUCAGAAUCCCCCGAUCAAGAGGACUCUAGAGAGUGGUUCUACCAUUAAGAUCGUUAUGCAUGAGACAGCGAAAGAUCUUGUCUUCCUCGUCCGCAUUCCCCGCCGCGAUGGUGAUCACGAUGUGGCAUACCGAAGAAAACUUGGUGCCUAUCUACUGCGAGCUCAGGGGCUAGAUGACCCCAACAGGACGAUCGUCCCCGGACCAGGUGGCCAUGUCAACCUUUUUCCAGCCCCGCAGAAUAUGAAUGGCGCUAAAGAGGAUGAUUUCUGGGAGACUACGCAAACCCAUCUCCGCAUGCCCCGUGAGUGGCGCGGGGGUGAGAAGUAUGCUCGCGUUGGCAUUAUUGGCAAGGGCGCUUUUGCUACAGUCCAUAAGGUUACUUCAAAAUAUGACGGUUCGCCAUACGCCGCAAAAGAGCUAGACAAGCGCAAAUUUAUGAAGAAUGGUGUGCUGGAUCAGAAAGUCGAGAAUGAGAUGAAGAUUAUGCAAAAGGUCCACCACAAAAAUAUUGUUCAAUAUAUCGAACAUUUCGAUUGGGAUGUACACCAGUUCUUCAUUAUCAUGGAAUUUGUUCCAGGUGGUGAUAUUGGCAAGUAUGUCUUAGACCAUGGUCCCAUAGCCGAGCCCUACGUUCAAAUCAUGGCCGAGCAGCUGCUUGAUGCCCUAGGGUACCUCCACGAAAAUAAGAUCACCCACCGCGACGUGAAACCCGACAAUAUUUUAAUACACUCGACGAAUCCCCUCGUGGUCAAGUUAACAGAUUUUGGUUUAUCCAAAAUGAUCGAUACAGAACAGACUUUUCUCAAGACCUUCUGUGGAACAUUGCUGUAUUGCGCUCCUGAAGUUUAUAGCGGGUAUUCGUCGUAUGACGAAAAUGGCAGGCGAACGCAGAGAAACAAUCACAGACAAGUUGAUAGGGAGAGAUACGAUCAUGCGGUAGACAUAUGGUCUCUCGGCGGUGUUUUGUUCUAUGCUCUCACCGGUAGUCCGCCAUUCCCCGUCAAGAGUGGAGUUACGUACAAUGAGUUACUCGACCAUAUUAUCAAGGUGCCGCUCAACAUCGCCCCAUUGUCACGGGCCGGUAUAUCUAGCAUUGGCAUUCACUUUCUAGUAAGGAUGAUACAUGUCAGGCCAGAAACUAGGGCGACUAUCCCGGAAUUACAGAAUCACCAAUGGAUUAAACGGGAGACAAGUUCUGCCAGCAUAGUUUCCGACGACAAAGACUUGGGACACGCAGCUUCUCAACUGAGCCUAGACGAUCGGCAAUCGGCCCAGUCCACGGACGAUGCUUUCGAGGAACCGGAGUCCGAGCCUUCCCCUGAAUUCGAAUCCGAAAAAGAAAAUUACACAUUUGGUCAACAGCGCCCGGAUAAGUUGUUUGGAGAGGUCAAUAAUUUGGAUUUCGGUAGUUCUGGGGCCAUUGGAGAAGACCACCUAAACCUCCCGGUUCCAGACACCAAUUUUAGAGAGACUGGUGCACUAGAGGCUGAGGUUCUUGACAGCUUCGAAGAAUCAGAGAAUCUAUCUACUCCAAGACAGAAGGGUGGCAUAAGCAACGGAAUUGUGUCACCUGUCAGGGAUUCAUUGCGGAGCAACUCGGAAAGCAUUAUACCAGAGACAGAUUCUCAGAGCCUUGGUGGAGCUUCUUCAAUCCUAGGGAACUUGAAUGUCAAGUCGCUGGCCAACGGUGAUCUAAACCUACGAUCUAGGACCGCAGACUUGAAUACAAGUAAGAGGAAGCCUAGUCACAAUACUAGUGAUGAUUACGAGGCUGGUGAGACUUGGAUUAAGCCAUCAUUCAAGAGACUCAAAUCCCAGUGUGACGCCGAUGUUUCCGAGACAGAAGAGGACGAGCUUCGCUUGCUUGCUAGCGUUCCUCAAAUUGUAAAGAACGAGUCAGGUCGUCAAAUCGACUACCCACUUCCCAAGACAACAUUUUGGGAUAGUUCCGACAAAAGCACGUGGCACUUGGACUACCCCGAGAUGACUCAUCUCCAGUUCAACGCAUUUGAGCUCGCUGCUGGAAGAAAAAAUGAAGGAUUUGGUCCAAAGAACUCACGCCUUUGGGACCUUGCGAUGAAACACUUUCCGCCUACGCGCAAGCGGCAAUCUAAGGAUACAGGCAAGGUUCUCGUACUUCGACCGGCUUUACUUGAGCGGGAUAAUCGGUCUGCUCAUGAGAUACGUGGCUCAUCCAUACCCCAAGGGUGUUUGGCUCCCAUCGAUGAUGAAAUCGAGUCAAUUCCAGAUACGCUACCGCCAGAAAACCCACCCCUGGGGCCCACGAAACUCCCCGAGCUACCGCAAGCGGUCGCGGCUCUUUACUCGACUAAAGGAUCAUUGGUGACGGGAAUAUCAAUCCGUUUGAAUGAUCCUGUAAUGUCGUGGGGGCGAGAUCCGAAUAACACGGUUGUUUACGAGCCAGUUGUUGAGUCCAAAGUUCCUAAGAACGCAUUCAGAAUCAUGUUGUGGAGAGAGGGUUAUACUGCUCCCUUGAGCGACUUCCGCCCAUGGGAUCCCUCUCGGCCAGCGAACAGUCGCACGAUGCGAGCCUCGCCUGAGCCAGAUUCGUACGCGUUCUAUAUAUCAACCAAGGCAACUAACGGGAUCCGAAUCAACAACAGUCCCCUGCAGGCCAAUGAGCCAAAGGAUAGCACGGCCCCUUGCAAACACUGGGUAAAGCUAUACCACGGAGACACCAUAGUGUUCUGGGGGAGCGAUAACGUUUACAGCCAGGCCAAAGUUACUUUCGAAUGUUUCUGGGGAGGCUCGUCGGUUCCCAGACCGGCGGACGAGGCGCCUAUUUGCAUACCGGAUUCUCAGGCUCGUAAACUUGACCGUCUCUGGCCUAAAGCCGUAACCACUCUUCGUUACGACAGGAUCAAAGCCGACGCGCAGCGCGACCAGGAAUUGAGAAUGCAAAACAUGAAGGAGGAGAUAGAGCGCAGUCGGAUUUUCGAGGAGAAACGCGCCGAGGCGGUCAGAAUACUUGCUUUGCGUACUUCCCGCAUGGCUUCGCCAGCUAUCUCAACGCCCUCCACAGUCAGGUUGAUUUCUCAUGUUGGGCAUACAAUACCAUCGUCGUAUUUACAGACCAGUGGAUAUAAUUAAUAUAUAUGCUUGCCUUGGCGUUCUCGGCAUUCUGGUUUCCGUCUCCGUCUCC